GGGCGGGGACUCGCCGCUGCGGAGGCCGGAGACGCGGCGGCGCCGGAGGCUGCGCGGGGCGCGGAGCGGGCGGGAGCGCGAGGCCGGCGGCGGUAGGAGAGCGGCCCGGGCGGCCUGGGAGCCGGGCCUCGCAGCACCGAGCGGCCGCCUGAGCCGCUGCAGGAGAUUCUCAGCCCGGUCUUUGAGAUGAUGGGAUUGGGAAACGGGCGUCGGAGCAUGAAGUCGCCGCCCCUCGUGCUGGCUGCCCUGGUGGCCUGUAUCAUUGUCCUGGGCUUCAACUACUGGAUUGCGAGCUCUCGGAGCGUGGAUCUCCAGACGCGCAUCGUGGAGCUGGAAGGCAGGGUCCGCAGGGCGGCAGCGGAGCGAGGGGCCGUGGAGAUGAAGAAGAACGAGUUCCAGGGGGAGCUGGAAAAGCAGCGGGAACAGCUGGACAAAAUUCAGUCCAGCCACAACUUUCAGAUGGAGAGCAUCAACAAGUUACACCAGGAUGAAAAG